GCGGCGGGGCCCGGCGCUGAGGCGGCCGGAGAGCGGCCCCGCCAUGGGUUUCCUGCACCAGCUGCAGCUGCUGCUCUGGAAGAACGUGACGCUCAAGCGCCGCGGCCCGUGGGUCCUGGCCUUCGAGAUCUUCAUCCCGCUGGUCCUCUUCUUCAUCCUGCUGGGGCUGCGGCAGAAGAAGCCCACCAUCUCCGUGAAGGAAGCCUUCUACACAGCCGCCCCCCUGACGUCGGCUGGCAUCCUGCCGGUCAUGCAGUCGCUGUGUCCCGAUGGCCAGCGGGACGAGUUCGGCUUCCUGCAGUACGCCAACUCCACGGUCACCCAGCUGCUGGAACGCCUCAACCGCGUGGUAGAGGAGGGCAACCUGUUUGACCCAGCGCGGCCCAGCCUGGGCUCGGAGCUCGAGGCCCUGCGCCAGCACCUGGAGGCCCUCGGCUCGGGCCCAGGCACCUGGGAGAGCGGCGUGGACAGCCCUGCAGCGUCCUCCUUCUCGCUGGACUCCGUGACCAGGGACCCCAGGGAGCUCUGGCGCUUCCUGACGCAGAACCUGUCGCUGCCCAACGGCACAGCCCAGGCCCUGCUGGGCGCCCGCGUGGACCCGCCCGAGGUCCGUCGCCUGCUUUUCGGCCGUUUGCCUGCCCUGGGUGCUGAGUCGGGCUUCCCCAGGGGUCAGGAGCCCUGGAGCCACCUGGGCAGCAGCCCCCUAUUCCGGAUGGAGGAGCUGCUGCUGGCCCCUGCCCUCCUAGAGCAGCUCACGUGUUCCGGGGAGCUAGGCCAGAUCCUCACGGCGCCCCGGGGACAGCAGGCAGCCCUGCAGGCCUACCGGGACGCGGUGUGCAAUGGGCAGACUGCGGCUCGUGCCCGGCGCUUCUCCGGGCUGGCCGCUGAGCUCCGGAACCAGCUGGACAUGGCCAAGAUCGCCCAGCAGCUGGGCCUGGGUGCCCCCAACGGCUCCGCAUCCCAGCAGCAGACGCCCCCCCCGCAGAAGCUGCAGACGCUUCUGGGGGACCUGCUGGACGCCCAGAAGAUCCUGCAGGGUGUGGACGUCCUCUCGGCCCUGGCCCUGCUGCUGCCCCAGGGCGCCUGCAAGGGCCGGGCGCCCGCGUCACCGCCCGGCAGCCCCGGAGGGGCGUCCAACGGCACUGGGGCAGGAGCGGGGCCAGGCCCCAACGCCACGGCCGAGGAAGGUGCACCCACGGCGGCGAUGCAGGGCCAGUGCUCGGCCUUCGUGCAGCUCUGGGCUGGCCUGCAGCCCAUCCUGUGCGGCAACAACCGCACCAUUGAGCCAGAGGCCCUGCGCAGCGGCAACAUGAGCUCCCUGGGGUUCACAAGCAAGGAGCAGCGGAACCUGGGCCUCCUUGUGCACCUGAUGACCAGCAACCCCAAAGUCCUGUACGCGCCGGCCGGCUCCGAGGCCGACCGGGUCAUCCAGAAGGCCAACGAGACGUUUGCCUUUGUGGGCAACGUGACUCACUACGCCCAGGUCUGGCUCAACAUCUCGGCCGAGAUCCGCGGCUUCCUGGAGCAGGGCAGGCUGCAGCAGCACCUGCACUGGCUGCAGCAGUACGUGGCGGAGCUUCGGCUGCAUCCCGAAGCCAUGAACCUGUCUCUGGACGAGCUGCCGCCAGCACUGCGUCACGACAACUUCUCGCUGCCCAACGGCUCGGCCCUCCUGCAGCAGCUGGACACGAUUGACAACGCGGCCUGCGGCUGGAUCCAGUUCAUGUCCAAGGUGAGCGUGGACAUCUUCAAGGGCUUCCCGGACGAGGAGAGCAUUGUCAACUACACACUCAACCAGGCCUACCAGGACAACGUCACCGUGUUCGCCAGUGUGAUCUUCCAGACCAGGAAGGACGGCACCCUUCCGCCCCACGUCCACUACAAGAUCCGCCAGAACUCCAGCUUCACGGAGAAAACCAACGAGAUCCGCCGAGCCUACUGGCGGCCGGGCCCCAACACAGGCGGCCGCUUCUACUUCCUAUACGGCUUCGUCUGGAUCCAGGACAUGAUGGAGCGUGCCAUCAUCAACACCUUCGUGGGCCAUGACGUGGUGGAGCCGGGCAGCUACGUGCAGGUGUUCCCGUACCCCUGCUACACCCGGGACGACUUCCUGUUUGUCAUCGAGCACAUGAUGCCGCUGUGCAUGGUGAUCUCCUGGGUCUACUCCGUGGCCAUGACCAUCCAGCACAUCGUGGCCGAGAAGGAGCACCGGCUCAAGGAGGUCAUGAAGACGAUGGGCCUGAACAACGCGGUCCACUGGGUGGCCUGGUUCAUCACGGGCUUCGUGCAGCUGUCCAUCUCGGUGACGGCGCUCACGGCCAUCCUCAAGUACGGCCAGGUGCUGCUGCACAGCCACGUGCUCAUCAUCUGGCUCUUCCUGGCCGUCUACGCCGUGGCCACCAUCAUGUUCUGCUUCCUGGUGUCCGUGCUGUACUCCAAGGCCAAGCUGGCCUCAGCCUGUGGCGGCAUCAUCUACUUCCUGAGCUACGUGCCCUACAUGUACGUGGCCAUCCGGGAGGAGGUGGCCCAUGACAAGAUCACUGCCUUCGAAAAGUGCAUCGCGUCCCUGAUGUCCACGACGGCCUUCGGCCUGGGCUCCAAGUACUUCGCGCUGUACGAGGUGGCCGGUGUGGGCAUCCAGUGGCACACGUUCAGCCGGUCCCCCGUGGAGGGGGACGACUUCAACCUGCUGCUGGCCGUCGUCAUGCUGAUGGUGGACGCGGUCGUGUACGGCGUGCUCACCUGGUACAUCGAGGCCGUGCACCCAGGCAUGUACGGGCUGCCCCGGCCCUGGUACUUCCCACUGCAGAAGUCCUACUGGCUGGGCAGCGGGCGGACGGAGGCGUGGGAGUGGAGCUGGCCGUGGGCCCGCGCCCCCCGCCUCAGCGUCAUGGAGGAGGACCAGGCCUGUGCCAUGGAGAGCCGGCGCUUCGAGGAGAUGCGAGGCAUGGAAGAGGAGCCCACCCACCUGCCCCUGGUGGUCUGCGUGGACAAGCUCACCAAGGUGUACAAGAAUGACAAGAAGAUAGCCCUCAACAAGCUGAGCCUCAACCUCUACGAGAACCAGGUGGUCUCCUUCCUGGGCCACAACGGGGCGGGCAAGACCACCACCAUGUCCAUCCUGACCGGCCUGUUCCCACCCACGUCUGGCUCGGCCACCAUCUACGGACACGACAUCCGCACCGAGAUGGACGCGAUCCGCAAGAACCUGGGCAUGUGCCCGCAGCACAACGUGCUCUUCGACCGCCUCACCGUGGAGGAGCACCUGUGGUUCUACUCGCGGCUCAAGAGCAUGGCGCAGGCCGAGAUUCGCAAGGAGAUGGACAAGAUGAUCGAAGACCUGGAGCUGUCCAACAAGCGGCACUCGCUGGUGCAGACGCUGUCUGGGGGCACCAAGCGUAAGCUCUCCGUGGCCAUCGCCUUCGUGGGCGGCUCCCGCGCUGUCAUCCUGGAUGAGCCCACCGCCGGCGUGGACCCCUACGCCCGCCGAGCCAUCUGGGACCUCAUCUUGAAGUACAAGCCGGGACGCACCAUCCUGCUGUCCACCCACCACAUGGACGAGGCCGACCUGCUGGGCGACCGCAUCGCCAUCAUCUCCCACGGGAAGCUCAAGUGCUGCGGCUCCCCCCUCUUCCUCAAGGGCGCCUACGGCGACGGGUACCGCCUCACGCUGGUUAAGCGGCCUGCGGAGCCUGGGGGUCCCCAAGAGCCAGGGCUGCCAUCCAGCCCCCCAGGCCGGGCCCAGCUGAGCCACUGCUCCGAGCCGCAGGUGUCCCAGUUCAUCCGCAAGCACGUGGCCUCCUGCCUGCUGGUGUCCGACACGAGCACCGAGCUCUCCUACAUCCUGCCCAGCGAGGCCACCAAGAAGGGGGCUUUCCAGCGCCUCUUCCAGAGCCUGGAGUGCAGCCUGGACGCCCUGCACCUGAGCAGCUUCGGGCUGAUGGACACGACGCUCGAGGAGGUGUUCCUGAAGGUGUCGGAGGAGGACCAGUCACUGGAGAACAGCGAGGCCGACAUGAAGGAGUCCAGGAAGGAGGCGCUGCCCGGGACGGGGGGCCUGGCGUCGGCGCAGGGUCCGGCCGGCAACCUGGCGCGGUGCGCGGAGCUGGCCCAGUCGCAGGCGUCGCUGCAGUCCGUGUCCUCGGUGGGCUCCGCCCGCGGCGACGAGGGAGCCGGCUACGCCGACGUCUACGGCGACUACCGCCCCCUCCUCGACAGCGAGAACGCGCAGGACGCCGAGGGCGCCAGCCUGCAAGAGGCCGAGGCCGAGGCCCCCACGCGGGCCGGCCAGAGCGGCCGCAAGCUGGAGGGCUGGUGGCUGAAGGUGCGCCAGUUCCACGGGCUGCUAGUCAAGCGCUUCCACUGUGCCCGCCGCAACUCCAAGGCCCUCUGCUCCCAGAUCCUACUGCCCGCCUUCUUCGUCUGCGUGGCCAUGACCGUGGCGCUGUCCGUGCCCGAGAUCGGUGACCUGCCUCCGCUUGUGCUGUCCCCCUCCCAGUACCACAACUACACCCAGCCACGCGGCAACUUCAUUCCCUAUGCCAAUGAGGAGCGCCGGGAAUACCGGCUCCGACUGUCACCCGACGCCAGCCCCCAGCAGCUGGUGAGCACCUUCCGCCUGCCCUCGGGGGUCGGCGCCACCUGUGUGCUCAAGUCCCCGGCCAAUGGCUCGCUGGGGCCGGUGCUGAACCUCAGCAGCGGGGAGUCCCGGCUCCUGGCCGCCCGCUUCUUCGACAGCAUGUGCCUGGAGUCUUUCACGCAGGGGCUGCCACUGUCCAACUUCGUGCCGCCCCCUCCCUCGCCCGCCCCGUCCGACGCCCCGCUGGCCCCGGAGGAGGACCUGCUGCCGCCCUGGAACGGCUCCCUGCCGCCCACCGCCGGCCCAGAGACCUGGACGUCAGCGCCAUCCCUGCCGCGCCUGGUGCGGGAGCCAGUCCGCUGCACCUGCUCCGCGCAGGGCACGGGCUUCUCCUGCCCCAGCAGCGUGGGCGGGCACCCGCCCCAGAUGCGCGUGGUCACCGGCGACAUCCUGACCGACAUCACCGGCCACAACGUCUCCGAAUACCUGCUCUUCACCUCUGACCGCUUCCGGCUGCACCGGUACGGGGCCAUCACCUUUGGCAACGUCCUGAAGUCCAUCCCCGCUUCCUUUGGUGCUCGGGCCCCACCCAUGGUGCGGAAGAUCGCGGUGCGCAGGGCAGCCCAGGUCUUCUACAACAACAAGGGCUACCACAGCAUGCCCACCUACCUCAACAGCCUCAACAACGCCAUCCUGCGCGCCAACCUGCCCAAGAGCAAGGGGAACCCGGCAGCCUAUGGCAUCACCGUCACCAACCACCCCAUGAACAAGACCAGCGCCAGCCUCUCCCUGGACUACCUGCUGCAGGGCACGGACGUGGUCAUCGCCAUCUUCAUCAUCGUGGCCAUGUCCUUCGUGCCGGCCAGCUUCGUGGUCUUUCUGGUGGCUGAGAAGUCCACCAAGGCCAAGCACCUGCAGUUCGUGAGCGGCUGCAGCCCGGUCAUCUACUGGCUGGCCAACUACGUGUGGGACAUGCUCAACUACCUGGUCCCGGCCACCUGCUGCAUCAUCAUCCUGUUCGUGUUCGACCUGCCGGCCUACACGUCGCCCACCAACUUCCCGGCCGUGCUCUCGCUCUUCCUGCUGUACGGGUGGUCCAUCACGCCCAUCAUGUACCCCGCCUCCUUCUGGUUCGAGGUCCCCAGCUCAGCCUACGUGUUCCUCAUCGUCAUCAACCUCUUCAUCGGCAUCACAGCUACUGUGGCCACCUUCCUGCUGCAGCUGUUCGAGCACGACAAGGACCUGAAGCUCGUCAACAGUUACCUCAAGAGCUGCUUCCUGAUCUUCCCCAACUACAACCUGGGCCACGGGCUCAUGGAGAUGGCGUACAACGAGUACAUCAACGAGUACUACGCCAAGAUCGGCCAGUUCGACAAGAUGAAGUCGCCGUUCGAGUGGGACAUCGUCACGCGCGGGCUGGUGGCCAUGACGGCCGAGGGCUUUGUCGGCUUCCUCCUCACCAUCCUGUGCCAGUACAACUUCCUGCGGCAGCCACAGCGCAUGCCAGUGUCCACCAAGCCAGUGGAGGAUGACGUGGACGUGGCCAGCGAGCGGCAGCGCGUGCUCCGUGGGGACGCUGACAACGACAUGGUCAAGAUCGAGAACCUGACCAAGGUGUACAAGUCCCGGAAGAUCGGGCGCAUCCUGGCCGUGGACCGCCUGUGCCUGGGAGUCCGCCCUGGCGAGUGCUUCGGCCUCCUGGGCGUCAACGGCGCGGGCAAGACCAGCACCUUCAAGAUGCUGACGGGGGACGAGAGCACCACGGGGGGCGAGGCCUUCGUCAACGGGCACAGCGUGCUCAGGGAGCUGCUUCAGGUGCAGCAGAGCCUGGGCUACUGCCCCCAGUUCGACGCCCUGUUCGAUGAGCUCACGGCGCGGGAGCACCUGCAGCUCUACACGCGGCUGCGCGGUGUGCCCUGGAAGGAGGAGGCCCGGGUGGUGAAGUGGGCCCUGGAGAAGCUGGAGCUGACCAAGUACGCAGACAAACCGGCCGGCACCUACAGCGGCGGCAACAAACGCAAGCUCUCUACAGCCAUCGCCCUGAUCGGGUCCCCCGCCUUCAUCUUCCUGGAUGAGCCCACCACGGGCAUGGACCCCAAGGCCCGGCGCUUCCUCUGGAACCUCAUUCUGGACCUCAUCAAGACGGGCCGCUCCGUGGUGCUCACGUCCCACAGCAUGGAGGAGUGCGAGGCCCUGUGCACGCGCCUGGCCAUCAUGGUGAACGGUCGGCUGCGCUGCUUAGGCAGCAUCCAGCACCUGAAGAACCGCUUUGGAGACGGCUACAUGAUCACCGUCCGGACCAAGAGCAGCCAGAACGUGAAGGAGGUGGUGCGGUUCUUCACCCGCAACUUCCCGGAGGCCAUGCUCAAGGAGCGACACCACACGAAGGUGCAGUACCAGCUCAAGUCGGAGCACAUCUCGCUGGCCCAGGUGUUCAGCAAGAUGGAGCAGGUGGUCGGCGUGCUGGGCAUCGAGGACUACUCGGUCAGCCAGACCACCCUGGACAACGUGUUCGUGAACUUCGCCAAGAAGCAGAGUGACAGCCUGGAGCAGGAGAUCGAGCCGCCCUCGGCCCUGCAGUCCCCGCUCGGCCGCCUGCUCAGCCUGCUGCGGCCCCGGCCGGCCCCCACGGAGCUCCGGGCGCUAGCGGCCGAUGAGCCGGAGGACCUGGACACGGAGGAUGAGGGCCUCAUCAGCUUCGAGGAGGAGCGGGCCCAGCUCUCCUUCAACACGGACACUCUCUGCUGACCACCCGGAGCUGGGACAGGGACGCACGGUGGGGACAUCCGUGUCCCCGCGCCACCUGCCAGGGCCUGGGGCGGAGGCUUAGGACCAAGGGGCUCCUCCUGCCCUCUGGCCCGGCACUGUCCUCGGCCCUGUCCUGUGGUCACUGUGGCCCUGGCCCAUUUGUGCCAAAGGCUGGCCCGGCCCCGGGCUGCGCACACCCUCACCCUGCUCUGCCUUAAAGCCUGGGGGUCCGGCCUGGCCCCUCGCCCGCCCACCCAGCUCUGCCCACCGCCCUGGGGUGACCUGGGCUGCUCCGGGAGCUCCCCAGCCUUUACCGGCUUCUCUGACUCUGGCGGAGGGGCGGGGCCUCGCUCAGGCUGGGCGGUCUCACCUGGCCCUGCUCUGCAGGUGGCCGCCCUGGGGGUGGGGGCGGGGCGGGGCGGGGCAGGUGGAGCAGUGUGGAGAAGCUGCCCCCUCCGAACAGGUGGGGGCCCAGGCCCUGCCCCAGCCCCUUCCUCCUGCCUUCGCUCCCCCAGCUUGGCCCCCUGCCGACCCCACCCACCUGGGAGCUGGACCUGUACAUAGAGCACAGAUGUUUGUUUUCAAUAAAUAAACAGA